GAACUGUCGAGCGCGGCGCGGACCGGCCGCCCCCGGGGAGGCCGCACGGUUGGGCGGGAGGAGGAGCGAGUGCGCCCCGCGCGGAGCGGGCGACGCGCAGGGCUGUACCUGGCUGCCCGGCCGAGCCUCGGGGUGGGGUGCAGCCUUCGCAGGUGGGGUGCAGCCUUCGCAGGUGGGGUGCAGCCUUCGCAGGUGGGGUGCAGCCGCCGCCCGUCUGGCCCACCUGGUGCUCUGCCUCUGCCUGGGACGUCGGGAAGGGGGGGGACCUUCACGUGAGUCUCUGUUUAAAUGCCCCGCGGCCCGCGGAGAACCCGAGGGCUGAAUCUGGAAGUCUGCUAUGCGGCAGCUUCCCAGGGCUUUCCUGCUGAGCAGGUGCACGCGUGUGCGAGGCGGGGCUUGUCAGCCUGUCCUCGGUGCGCGGCGGGCGUUCCAGCACCUGGGGUGGUGUGUGCUCAGCGAGGACCCGGGCUCGUGCGCUGCGUCCGGAGCCCCGAUGGGUGCACAGGUUAUUAAAAAAUUUUAAUAGACUUGAUUGGAGUACUUGAACCAGUGGAUCUUGGAGAGAAACUCCGGAUUUUGCGUUUAAAAAGAAAAAAAAAAAACACUAAAUGUUUGAGAAAUUGACGGAAUGGAGAAUGAACAGGAAAACCUCUUUAUUGAGCCACAUAAAAGGGGACUGAUGAAAACCCCCCUGAAAGAGUCCACGAAGCCCAACUUGGUGCUGGCGGAGAUCCAGCCUGACCUGGGCCCUUUAACCACGCCCACCAAGCCCAAGGAAGUCUCCCAGGGAGAGCCAUGGACACCCACAGCCAACCUGAAAAUGCUUAUCAGUGCAGUGAGCCCAGAGAUCCGUAGCCGAGACCAGAAAAGGGGACUGUCUGACAACCAGAGUGGAUUGCCUGAGGCCAGAGACUGUUUUCAUGAACACUUAUCUGGAGACGAAUUUGAGAAAUCCCAGCCAAGUAGGAAGGAGAAAAGUUUGGGAUUGUUGUGCCAUAAGUUCUUAGCAAGGUAUCCUAAAUACCCCAACUCUGCGGUGAAUAACGACAUCUGUCUUGAUGAAGUGGCAGAGGAGCUUAGUAAGUACGCAAAAAGUGGGCCGAAAUGGUUAAUCAUUAAAGGGGAAGAGAGCAGGUACGCCGAGCAGAUCAUGAUGAUCAAAAAGAAAGAGUACGAACAGGAGUUCGACUUUAUUAAAAGUUAUGGCAUUGAGGACCACAUGAUCAAAUCCAACCCCUGCCAGAAUGGACACACGGACAUGUGUUUUGUGGAACUCCCUGGAGUGGAAUUCCGGGCAGCUUCUGUAAACAGUCGCAAAGACAAGUCCUUACGAGUGAUGAGCCAGAAGUUUGUGAUGCUGUUUUUGGUGUCGACGCCUCAGAUAGUGAGCCUGGAAAUCGCUGCCAAGAUUUUAAUUGGAGAAGACCAUGUGGAAGAUUUGGAUAAAAGCAAGUUUAAAACAAAAAUUAGGAGGUUGUAUGAUAUUGCCAAUGUUCUGAGUAGCCUGGAUCUUAUCAAGAAAGUCCACGUUACGGAGGAAAGAGGCCGAAAGCCAGCUUUUAAAUGGACAGGCCCAGAAAUCAGUCCAAAUACCAGUGGCCCCAGCCCAGUCACACCUUGUCCUGCCUCUGACGUACAGGUGAGGCAGUCUGCGAAAGAGAACUGUGCCAAAAACCUCUUUUCCACACGUGGGAAACCCAACUUUACUCGGCACCCAUCCCUUAUCAAAUUGGUAAAGAGUAUAGAGAGCGAUCGGAGAAAGAUCAAUUCUGCUCCCAGCAGCCCUGUCAAGAACAUCAAAGCUGAGAGUUCUCAGAAUUCUCCACCCUUCCCAAAUAAAAUGGCUCAGCUCGCUGCUAUUUGCAAAAUGCAAUUGGAAGAGCAAUCAAGUGAACCCAGAAAGAAAGUAAAAGUGAAGCUAGCAAGAUCUGGGCACUACAAACCCCUGGCCCCACUGGACCCUGUAGUGAACUCUGAGCUGGAGCUGUCGACACCUGCUCUCAUCCAGCCCUUGGGGAUGCUCCCCCUGAUCCCUAGCCCAUUGUCAUCCGCAGUGCCUGUGAUCCUACCUCAGGUUCCUUCAGGCCCAUCCUAUGCCAUCUACCUACAGCCUGCCCAAGCCCAAAUGCUGACACCACCCCAAGGCCUGAGCCCAGCAGUCUGCCCCACCCACUCUACUGCUGCUGGAUCCAAAGACCCUACAAAUGCCAGCACUGAGAAGGCCGUCUCCGAUGCCACAAAGGCUGGUGCCUCCUGUCGACCCGGAAACCUGCAGCCAGCACCAGAAAGACAAGGUACAAAGAACAGAAGCAGGGAGACGACUGGAGAACGAGGCACAAAGAGAACGAACGCCCUGGAGGACGGUGGUUCUGUUAAGAAACUGAAGGAGGAUCUGAAAGGACUGGAAAAUGUCUCCACAGCCCUGCUUCCCUCAGGAUACCUGAUCCCUCUCACCCAGUGCUCAUCCCUGGGCACAGAAUCCAUGUUGUGUAGCAAAGAAAACUCAGGUACACUUUCUCCAAACCACAGGCUCUACGGCUCCCCAGUGGCAGGUGUCAUCCCCGUGACAUCUUCCGAACUCACUGCUGUUAAUUUCCCCUCUUUUCAUGUGACACCUUUGAAGCUAAUGGUCUCCCCAACUUCUGUGGCAGCCGUACCUGUUGGGAACAGCCCGGCGCUCACCUCAAGCCACCCUGUUCCUGUUCAGAACCCAAGCUCAGCCAUUGUAAACUUCACCUUGCAGCACCUGGGACUCAUCUCGACCAGUGCGCAGGUGUCUGCCAGCCCUGCACCUGGAACGGGAACUGUCCCCAUGUCCCCAUAUGUAGAAGCAGCUAGUGUCUUACCAGAAAGUGCCAGCUCUCGGCAAGUGAGGGCCACCAUCCAUGAUUCUCCAGUUCCAGGCCAGAGCCAGCUAAAUGGACAAUCAGUUGCUGUGACAGGGACACAACAGCCUGUCCCUGUGACACCCAAAGGCUCUCAAGUGGUGGCCGAAAGUUUCUUCCGUACACCAGGUGGACCCACCAAGCAAUCCAGCUGGUCCUGUGUGGAUUUUGAUGGUGCUAAUAAAACCUCUUUCGGAACCCUCUUUGUACCACAGCGGAAACUGGAAGUCUCAACUGAGGAUAUCCACUGAUUGACAGAUAGUGGUUUAAUUUAAUUUCUUAAAGAGCUGUCUAACGGAUGUACAUAGACAGACUGAGAGAACACCAUCUUUGAAAAUACUGUAAAUACUUCCAGGUUGGACUUAACAUCAAAGAAGAUACUCGUAAUGCCAUACACACACAUACACCAAAUUCAGCCUUUGGUCCCACAAAAUAAAAUGUUGAAUUAAGGUAUAUUAACUUCUGGGGUGGAAAAAUUCAUUAUUUCAGCUGUGCCUGUGUUAUUAUGCAAAGUAUAUUAAAGUUUACUUCCCUUUUAGUGAAUAUGUUUGACUUGCCUAACAGCAGUCUCUCAAACUUUUUGCACAAAGCAAACGCUGUGAUGUACAAUGUAUUUUUACAUAGGAAGGUGAUAGCUUUUUUUUUGGUGUAAUUUCUUUGAUCCUUUGUUGUGGUCUUUCUUUUUUGUAGAGUGUUUACAACCAUCUUUAAUCAAGUCUAUGGUAAAAAAUUAUUUAUAAAAUGUAUUUUUAAUCAUAAGUUGUUGAAAUUAAAACUCUUCUAAAAU